AUGCGUUUCUCUCUUGCUACUCUCAUCCCUCUCGCCGCUCUCGCGGUCCCUGCCCUCUCGACCUCCGUUCAAGCUAGGGACGGAUCGGACCGCGAUGUCGAUCACAAGGGCAAGGACAACCACCGUAACGACGGCGGCAGCAAGGACUACAACUACGGCAACAAGGACCACGGGCGCAAGGACUGCACCUGGGAGCCUGUGUUUGAACACAAGAAGGACUUCAGAGGGUGGAACAAGGGCAAGUACACUCCCUACGACCACAAGGAUGUCAAGAAGGACACCUAUGAGAUCGAGUGCAAGGACUUUUGCGAGAAGGACGACAAAUGUAACUCUUGCCAAGUUUACUCGAAGGAAGAAUCGGAGGAAAAAUUCAUCUGCGAGCUGUUUGAGGAGAUUAUCGAUAUCCUGACCUGGGAGGAUGACUGUGAUGAUGACAAGGACCGCAAGGAUGGAAAGGACCGCAAAGAUGAAAAGGACCGCAAGGACAGAAAGAUGGAUGACAAGAAGGAUGACAAGGAUGGAAAGAAGGAUCGCAAGGACAACACAAACCGCAAGGAUGACAAAGACUGCAAGGAUCGCCACAAGUACUACGAUACUUCUUGCUGGAACGCCCACUACAACUACUAAGUCUGA